AUGUCUGGCUGGGGUACUGACGACGCCUCUGGAGGUGCUGGAGGUGGUGGCGACCCCUGGAACAACCCCUCUGGAGGCGAUGGCGACGAGGGCGGCGGCGGCCAGCGCGGCGCCUGCUUCAACUGCGGUCAGGAUGGCCACAACAAGGCCGAUUGCCCCGAGCCUGCCAAGCCUUUCGAUGGCGAGUGCAAGGGCUGCGGUCAGCAGGGCCACAUGCGUCGUGACUGCCCUGACGCUCCCCCCAUGGCUUGCAGAAGCUGCGGCGAGGAGGGCCACAUCCGCAAGGACUGCCCCAACAAGCCUCCCGAUCUUUGCCGCAACUGCCACGAGGAGGGUCACCUCGUCGUCAACUGCGAGAACCCUCGAAAGAUUGACCUCAGUAAGAUCGAGGAUGUCGACGCUGAUGUGGCCUGGAACCAGAUCAUUGAAGCAGCUGACGAGCGCGAUGGUGUUGAGGCCAAGGAGGCCAUCCAGAAGUACCUCAAGCAUUUCCCUGAUAUGACUUAUGUCAUCCUUGAGGAGGCUUUCCGUGGCCAGGAGAUGGGCAUCUACCUCAUCGCUACCGAGCGUGCUCUUGCUCCCACUCACACUAACAUGGACCUUCAGGGCAACCUGGGCAAGAAGUUCACUGUCCAGUACCGCUUCUCUUCGCAGCCCGACCGUGCCCGUGAGAAGGCCGGAUGGCCUGCUUCUGCCGAGGAGAACAUGGCGCGUCUCGCCGAUGCUGGUGAGCCAGUCUCACGCCUCAUGCAGAAGUGCAACAACUGCGAUGAGCUCGGCCACACCGCCAAGGCUUGCCCCCAGGACCCCAACGAAAAGGUCCGCUUCGCUUGCAAGAACUGCGGUCAAUCUGGCCACAAGGUCUCCGAGUGCACUGAGCCUCGCAAUGCUGAGGGCGUCGAGUGCAACAAGUGCAAUGAGAUGGGCCACUUUGGACGUGACUGUCCCACCGCCGGUGGUGGUGGUCGCUCUUGCCACAACUGCGGUCAGGAAGGCCACAUCUCCAAGGAGUGCACCGAGCCUCGCAAGCUCAAGUGCCGCAACUGUGAUGAGGAGGGUCACCACUCCCGUGAUUGCGACAAGCCUCAGGAUGUCACCCGCAUCAAGUGCAUGAACUGCGGCGAGAUGGGUCACAAGAAGUACAAGUGCCCUAACCCCCCUGUCGAGGACGUUGACGGCUUCGGCGAUGGUGGUGGUGGGGGUGGUGACUUCGGCGCCCCCAACGACACUGGCGCUGAUGCCUGGGGCAGUGGUGACAACACCGCCCCCCAGGACACUGGCGGCUGGUAG